UAUGGGCAAAAUAAGCGCCAGAAAGUACUUGAAACCGGACGGCCACGACCAUGUCCUCGAAUUCACUUCAUCAUUAUCACCGUCCUCAUCUGCCACCAAUUCCGGACCUGCGCUUUGAACCCAGUUACCUGCGAAGUAUACAGCCAUAUAUACACCUGCGUACCUUGAAGCACAAGUCUACGAGGAAACAAAUCCUAGAGGCGGGAGUUAAGCAGGAUGAUGAAAAUGAAUCGGAGGCGGUCAUAGAAAUUGAAUGGAGACAUGUUUUAUGGGUGACGGCGCGAGAUCAGAUAUUGAGUCCCUUGUUCCAAGGCGCGCUCUGCUUCUAUGUCACUCCGUACUCUACACGCGUCGCUCAUACAAUUGUACAACAUUUACCGUUGCGACGCUCAUAGUAUAGACGUCGAAUCGUUGAAUAACGGAGAACUUGUCCAUCGCGACAUUCAAUGAGUGGCAUAGAACAUCGUUCCGACUUCGACUACUUAUUUGAGAUCACUCUCCUUCGAUGUAAAACUCAAGAU